AUUCUUCCCGUUACGAGUCGCAACCUAGCGGCGCGCCGAAACGGCUUCGUCGCGCACUCGCGCAGUCGCGCUCCCCCACCCACCUCAUCCGCCAUCCCGGCCCGGCGGCUCCACCGCCGCCGAGACGCCGCCCCGGCGACCGCUCCCAGUCCCAGGCCAUGUCCUCUAUAGCUGGAAGCCACAAAACCUUCGAACCCCAAAGUACUAACCCUCUAACCAGAACCGGGUUCGUCAGAGUUGGCCCUCACUGGGGAAGAAUGGGAGCUCGCCGGAAAAGAAGGUUGAACGAAUCUCCAUUCAAUAAGGGUAAGGAACAGCACCUCUAUCUUCUCUUCGACGACUGGCCGAGGGGUUACAGCAUCCGCAAGGUAAAUCUGUCGUCCAAUGUCUUCGGUUCCGGCGAACCCCCAGGUUGGCAGAUGGCUGCCCGCGUCUCAGGUGGAUGGGAGAUGGUCUGCACCGGCGACCGGCGCCUGCCGCCGGCCAUCUUCCGCUUCGAGGCACAGCGCGGGCUGCCCAUGUACUUCGCCGCCGCCUUCGACUCCAAGAUCUUGGCUUUGCAGCCCACAGCCCCCGGGACGGCCAUGGCGCUUGCUUCUGUGCUCGAGCACCACGUCGCCAUCUUCGACGUCCGCACGCGCAGCUGCCUCUUUUUCCCUCUGCCGGACCCGGAGACGUCCGGGGCCGACCCCAUCUACAUCCCCGCCGGCGGCAGGCUCUUUGCUCUUGCUGACGGCACCUUCGAUUGGCUCGACCCGCCGCCGCUUGGCACGCCGGCCAACGGCGAGCAGGCCUGGGAGUGGUCGUGGUUCGAGAUCCCCGACCCGCCGUUCAAGCGCAGGCACGUCACCUCCUACGCCGUGCACGCCGACGGGCAGACCAUCUUCGUCAGCGUCAAGAAGGGCGCCUCUGCCGCGACAUUCUCGUUCGAGACGGAGGAGCACGGCGGCGUCUGGCACCGCCACGGCAGGUGGGCGCUGCCGUUCACCGGCCGCGCGCACUUUGACCGCCAGCUUGACGCCUGGGUUGGGCUUUCCGGGGAGCCGGGCAGCGUCGGUCACCUCUGCGCCUGCGACGUGGUGCCCGCCAUCCCCGACGCCGGCGGCAAGGGGCAGUACCCCCCAGCCGGGAAACUAAGCAAGGAGAAGCUGCUCAGCGAUGACCCGACCGAGAGGCACGUCGGUGCCACCCUCGUGUACAUGGGGGGAAGAAGCCAGUUUUGCCUCGUGCAGUGCGUCUCGAUCGAUGGCGAUCGCGAUCGCGCUGACGAGAGGUGUGGCUGCAACUUGGAUGACGAAGACGACUCGGACGAUGAGAGGAAUGGCUGCCAUCUGGAGAAAUACUACUGCUGCGAUGAUGACCUACUGGGUGUCUGUGACAUGGAGGAGGAGGAGGACUCUGCAGCUGACGAGAUGAAGGACUGCGACCUCAAGAAGCAAGACGAGCAAGACGCGACCUCCCGGCCGCGUCGCUAUUUGGUUCGUUUGACUAGUUUCACUCUGAAAUAUGACAAGAAUGGAGACCUGACAACAGGUGGUAGCUGCCGAGUUCGAUACUACAGGGUGCCAGGAGGAUCGACUGUGCCUCUGCUCAGCAAUCCGGUGGCAUUCUGGAUGUGAAAAAAUCUGAGUACCAUUUUGUAUGGACAUCACCAUGUCAUGAACUCAUGAUAUCCUCUUCGAAGAACCUGGAUUUGUGCUGAUAUCUCAAUGUACUUGGAGUUUUAAGAGUAGGAGUAAUGAAUUCUGAGUCGGUUGGGUACAUUGAA